AAUUAAUUAGUGAUAUCCAAAAUCUUAUUUUAUUAAUAAUUCACAAACAAAAUAAGUACAUAUAUUAAUAUGAGUGAAAUACUUAACGAUUAAUUAACAGACCCAUCUUCUAGUUCAGUAUUUAAUUCUACUUCUUAAUACGAUAGUAGUAGUAUAGUCAUUCACCCUUAUAAUUAGUAGAAUCUUAAGAGCAUUAAUCAGGCAUAUAAUACUUUUGAUACUUAAACAGUAGACAUUAAUAAUAAUAAUCCUAUCAAGAUUACUGAGAAUUUUGAAAGCAUAGAUUACUUGCAGUACAGUGCAGAUACACUAACACAGUAAGCAACAAAUAAAUAAGGAUUAAUUACUGAGUCCUAGCAAAUAAAAUAUUAGAAGCUAUAAGAUCUUCCUGAUUUUAGAUAAUAAAAAUUAAAUUCAUUCAAUUAAUAAAAUUUAAAUUGUCAAUUUAUUGAAAAUCAAAGCAAUUUAAUAAGUGACACAACGAUAUCAUAAUCUAAUUCAAAAAUAAUUUCUGAUGAUGAAUCUGAUUAUAAUUUUCAUCACCAUAUUACCACUAAAGACUUAUCUAAUCAAAGGAUUGAAACAUUUCCUGAUGCAAGUAUAUUAGAAGGAUAAUACUAAAGGCUAGAUUUAAGUAAGAACGAAUUAAGCAGAAUGAAUAAAAAUAUCCCAAAUGGAGUUAAUCAAUUGAUUCUAAACGAUAAUAGAUUUGCUUUUUUGACAAAUAUAUAAGGAAGCUCGUUAACUCUAAUUGAACUAAAAAAUAAUAGAUUAAUAAGUGUUUAAGGGAUUAAAGUAUGUUAAAAUUUAAGAUAUUUAGAUGUCUCUAAUAACUUCCUCAGUGAUGAUUAACUGGAAGACUUAAAAGAGUUGAAAAAUUUAGAAACAUUACUGAUGAGGCACAAUCAUUUAAAAGACGAAUCAAUAGUUGACCAUUUUCAUGAAAAUAAGAGUUUAAAAACUCUCGAUAUUUCAUAAAACGACUUAGAGGAUAUUGUUAUUUAAUAGAAUUGUUAUAUUAAAAAGCUUUAUUUGCAGCAAAAUAAAAUAGAAAGUUUCAAAGUAAUAAACAAUUUAACUAACAAAUGGAAAGAGACUUAACCAAAAAUUUUUAUUUAGAAAAUUGAUAUUUCUCAUAAUGGUUUGUAAUAUUUUGAUGCAAAAUAUUUAAUUUCUCUUAGAGAUUUACUAUCGUCUGACAAUUCUCUUCUUGACUUAGACUUAUCAAAUAAUUUAAAAAUUAAAAAAAUUGAUUUAAAUAGGAAUUAAUUAAGCAACAUUAAAUUUAAAGAAAAUGAGAUUUACUUAAAAAUGAAAUAACUUUUUAUUUCUAGUAAUAGGAUAGUAAAAAUUUCAUUUAUUUCUUAACAUUUAUAAGCUCUAGAGGAUUUGGAUAUAAGCUAUAAUAAUAUAGAUGAUCAUAAUCAUUUUUUUGACAAUAUUUCUAAGCUAAAAAAUUUAAUGAAGUUAAAUAUGGAAGGAAAUCCAUUCGACUAGGAAGCUAAAUUAAUUUAAAAGUCCCUUGAACAAAAGGAAAGGAAUUACUAUAAAAGCAAUGAUAUUCAAUAGAUAUAUCAAGAAGUUAAUGACUAAGAUCAAUAUUAAAAACCUAAAAUAAGUUUAUCUCCUUUUGAAACAAACAAAGAAGAGAGUAAAAUACUUAACUCUCAUUUUACAAGUGUAUCUAAUAGAAAAAUAUAAUUUUAAUACAACUCACAAGAUAAUAAUAGUAAUUUAUUAAAUUGUUAACUUUCACCUGAUAUAUUUAAGUCAAUAGACUAGUAAUAUAUUACUCAAAAAAGUGAUAUAUAAUAGAGUCUGGACUAAAGUACAUACCUGAACAGCAAAAAGAAUAUGGAAGAGAGUGUUAGCUAAAAUUAAAAUAGUAGCUAAAAUAUUGACUAAGAUACUAAAAAUUUAUAAAAUUCAAAUCAUUUUAAAAAAGAAAAAAAAGAAAUUUAAUGCAUUAAUGAAGAAGAGGAAGAAGCUAACUUAAGGGAUGGUAAUUAAAAACAAAAUGACAUUUUCCAACAAAAAUUAUUUUAUGAGCAAGCUUUUGAGUCAAAUUUAUUUAAAAAAAAAAUAAAUUAAAGCCAAGACUAAUAAUAAUAUGAGAGUGAGGCAAAAAUAUUGAAUGAUAAACUGAAUUUUUCAAUAAUUGAUGAAGAAGAAUUUUCCUAUAAAAACUUAAAGAGUAAAAGAGGAGAGAACUUUUCUUAAAUAGAAAUUGAUAAUUAAAACUAAACAAAUUAAACAUUUAGAAAAAAAUAUUCUACUAAUAAGUUUUCUUAGAUUGAUACUAAUAGGAGUGAACUAGACAAUACUAAUGACAACAAUUAAUUUAAAAAAUAUUCAAAUAAUUGUUAAAGCACUGAGUUGUUGAAAGAUAAAAUUUUCCAUAAAUCAGUCAAUUAAAAUCAAUAAUUUGAUCAAUCUUAAAAAGAAAAUAAUUUAAAUUAUUCUAAUAGAACUUUUAAUGAAAUUGAUGAAGAAGAUAGAUAGUUAAAGCUUGCUAUAGAAACCAUGGAAAGCAGUCUUACAGAUGGUAGCUUAUUAAGUGAAAUUACUAAUGAAAUGAAUAGGGAAUAUAGAAAAAAUUUAAAUUAGCUGAAAGAAUACUACAAAGAUAGAAAAUCCAAAAAAAGUUUGAGGAAAGAAGAUGGUGAAACCUUGUUGUUAAUGAAUUAAACUUUAAUGCAAAAAAUUAUUCAUAAGUUGGGAGAUGAUCCAAAUUUAUUGCAAAAUCCUUACUACAUCAAAUGUAAAUAGCUAUUAGAAUAGAAUUUUCAAACUUUUGAGCCUUCGUUAGAUAAAAAUAAAAGCAAAUUUAACUCUAAAAACGAGUAAAUUUAAAAUAAAUCUAUUCAUAAAAAAUAAUAAGCUCGUUCAGCCAAUGAUCAAACUAAUGCUACAUCAAAAACGGAUUUUAUUUGCUCUCCAAAAUUUUAACAAGAUAUGGAGAACUAUUUUUAAAAUGACUAAUUUCCUCAAGAUAUAAAAAACAACUAAACUGUUAAUUUAGAACAUAAACAUUCAUCUAGAAAUACAUCUAUACGAACUGAAAGACAAUAAAUGAAUUUAAAUUAAAACGAAUAAAUCAAUAAUCAGAUGUAAUAUGUUAAAGCACAAAAUACACUUCCAGAAAACUAAGUACAACAUUAUGGUAAUAAUAAAAUUCUAUUUUAAGAUGAAAGUUGUUAAAAUCAAGGAAUUUAGUAAAAUCAACAUUUUGUUAGCAAUACUGGUAUAUAAAGCAGUUCUCUAAUGAGCACUUAAGAAUAAGCUAGCAGUCUUUUCUUAAAUAAUAAUUGUAAUUAAAACAGAAAUGCCCAUAAAAAGCAAACAGAUCAAAGUUAUUAUUAACAUUCUCGUAACAAUAGUAACAGCAAUAGCACUAAUAAUUACAAAGAAUAAAGUUUGUUUGAAAGUAGUAAUAUCUAAAAUGAUUACUUAUGCUCCUAACCUUUAUUUUCAGAUUCUUCUUAAAUUCCUGUAAUAACAAAUAAUUCUCCUUUUAUUAAUAACAUAAACAAAAAACUAUAUAGUUAAAGCUCGAGACUACCUUCUUAUGAAGUAGAGUAAUAAAACAAACUUACAUACAUUUAAUAACAGCAAAAUUAAACUUGUAGAUUAUUUUCAAAUGAGAGAAAUAAGACUAACUAAAUUUAUAAAAAUAACAAUAAUUAAAACUAAGUUAAUUCUUUUUAUACUCAAAAUUAAGAUUCUAACUUUAACAUAUUUAUAUCUGAAGAAGAGUUUUUCAAAGUUUUCUAGGAAUAUUUAAUUGCUGAUGACCUGAACAAUAAAUGUUUUUCCAACAAUAAACAAUCAUUAACAGUUAGAAAAAAAUUCAUAAAAUUAAUAAUAAGGGAAGUAUUAAGUAACUGUGAUGUUUACUACAGUACUUCAACAAUAGAGCAAAUAAUUUAAAAUAUUAUGCCAUUUGUUGAAAAUGUAGAAAAUGUAAGAUUUGAUUAACUUUACAAUAUAUUUAAUAAAAAUUUAUAGUCUUACUCUGAUUAAUUUGCAUAUAACAACACUGAGUGUAUUACUAAAAGCUAGCAUGAAUCUGGAUAUGUAUGUGAUACUUAAUAAGAAAGAAUAAAUUCAUAGCUUUAAUCAUAAUAGGAAAAACUAGAAGAUAGAAUAAAAACUCCUCCAUAAAUAAUAACAUUUAGAGGUAAAAAAUAUGAAAUUGGGUCGGCAUACCCAAUUUCAUAUUUUUGA